ACAAUGAUUAGGGCAUACAAUGGACAGGCGAGCAGUAUGUGUAGUAUGAGGGUGUGUAUGUGUGUAUAGUGUGUCGAUAAUGCGGUAUACACUUUAUGGACAGUCGGGCGUAUAUACUGAAACGUCGCAACCGGAGUCAACAUCCAAGGCAAGACAAGGGACACAGUUGAUGCUGAGGCUGUAACGGGGCACGCGCAAUGGCUUGUCUAGACAAUAUAACCCCGGAACGAAUGGCAGACUAUAAAGAGACAUUCGACUUGUUUGACGAGAAUAAAGACGGGAAGAUAACUCGAGAAGAACUUAAAAAUGUGAUGACCAAACUGCGUCAAGAUCCCACGGACGACGAGAUUAGAGAUAUGAUCAACGAGAUUGACCUAGACGAAAAUGGAACGAUAGAUUUUGACGAAUUCAUAACAAUGAUGCAUAACAGUUCAAAGGAGGACACGGAAGAGGAGUUCCGGGAGGCAUUCCGAAUGUUCGACAAAAACAGCGAUGGGAUGAUAGACGAACACGAAUUGAGGGAGGUGAUGACAGCUCUCGGGGAAAGACUGACGGACACACAGAUUAAAGAGAUGAUUAUAGAGGCCGACCUUAAUGGUGACGGUCUAAUUAAUUACCACGAAUUCAAAAUGGUGAUGGUAUCAAAAUGACAACGGAACGAGAAGGGAUAUUUAGAUUCAUUAGAAGCAUCCCUUCAUGGAAAACGUAACCAGGAAUUCCUCCAGGCAGAGUCAACAUCGCCGUUAGUUUCUGAGAACUGGCCCAAAUUGCUUUUGUCACGGUGGAUAGGGCAAUAUUUGCGUUUCAGUUACCACGAAGGUGUAUUUUUAUAAUUUCCUACUAUUAUUUUCUUUCUGUUUACCGGAGGGUAGGUCAUGGUACCAAACAGCCAAUCAACAGCCUCUGCGCGUCACGUGGUACUUUUAAAUAAGGGAUAUCGUUUGAACUAAAUAUUUGCCCUGAUUCCUGUUCUACUUCUGUUAUAUUCCGUCUCUAAAAGAUUCAUUGAGAAUGCUUAGCACGUGCAACAACGUGACCUUUUUAAAGCGUGAACCACGUGAAGCUGCAUUUAUUCAUAGAUCACGUGAUGUGUAUUAUAAAACUAUGAAUCUCACUUUCAUUAUCCUUCCCACAUAGCCUGAAUCUGGUGUAAAGGUACAUGUUGGUGGAGUCGUCCGAGUCUUUUACAAGUUUGUAUGGCUGUGUGGAGGUGAAUGUAGAUUCAAGCACCUGUGAUUUAUUCCUAAAUAAUAUAUAUUAUUAUGUUACUCUGUUACAUACAUAUCAUUUCUUUCUGUAUCAUCCUUAUACAUAUAUUACCUGUCCAUAAUAUUCCUGAACAUUUUUUUCUGUUUAUGAAUCCUUGUUGUUUUUAUCGUCAUUUUCGUCAAUUGUGUUUCGAAGUUUUGAAGAAUUGCAUAUAAAUGCCUGUUUACGAAAUCCUGGAGCGAUUCCGAAGUGUUGAUUUGGCUCAUUUCGUCCUUUUUACGAGAUGUUCCGAAUGUGAAUCCAUGUGAACACACCAUGUGUACCUUUCAGGCAGCUGUUUUUUAUUAUUUGUAUAGAUCCCCACUAAUUGGUAAUGAGAUCGCUCUAAAAAGCUCAAUCUCGCAAGAUCACUGUCAAAAUUUAAAGAGAAGUUUUGCUCCAAAAACAUGUUCUUAAUAUCCUUCAGUCCAAAAGCACAACCAAUCACCUGAUGGUUUCGACAUUAUAAAAUGGCGAACACUGCUGCUGAUACAUGUCUGUAUUCGUAAUUUCUGUAUUUACAAGUGUUUGUGGCCUCACCAAAGGAUUAUUCGAAAUGUACAGUGACGGUAGUUUACUAGUAAAGUCUUGGAUAUCCGAAUGUCAAUGAUCACUGACUUGAUGCCAAUCUCGCAAGCCGAAGAACAGACUGCUAUAAAGUCAUAAAUGUUUCAUCCAGAAAGUGGAAAUCUACACCCUGUACCCUUUCCCCAAUCUCAAAAGGAUCCAGACGUCAAUUUUUUACAUGAAUAAAUUAUUUGUCCACUA